UCAAAACCGAAAGCACGAAGGAAAUGGCUCCCUCUUAACGGUAGGCCUAAUUAUUUAUGAAAUGCAAGUUAAAUGUCUAGGCUAGUUGAUGUACAAUAAGUAGAUUUCGCAGACUGAAUAUCGAAGCAGCAAAGACUGUAAACAAAAACAAAAAACUAGACAAAGUCGGCCGAAAAAAGUUGGCAUAUAAACCAUAGCCAAUAACAUUAGGCUAAGUUUUGACUGUUAUAGACAUGUUAACGAAUACUCACCAUUCAUGAAAUGUAAUGUAGCGGUUAUCCGGGUAAAGCAUCUGAGUAGAGGGUUCGAAUCCCGGUCUAGCCCGUUGGAUUUUCUCCCAAAUGAAAGUAGAUAGUCUACAGGAAACUAGUUGUAUGGCUAUUCUAUUCACAUAUUGAUAUAGAUCUAUAGUUUUAAUGUUUUAUCAAUAAAAGUCUUCAAACAAACAACCACUGAGCUUUGCGAAUGUAUAUGUACAUGUAGAUCUAUCUGGUCUGUUUCAAUAUUUUACAUGUAGUGAUCAGCUACAGCCUAUGACCCUGUUUCUAUUAUUACAAAGCCUAGCUUCUGAUCAGUGGCGGAUCUAGAGGAUAGCUUACGGGUUGCACCCUCCCCCCUUUGGUUCGCUAAAAAAAGAGAAAGAGAGAGAGAGAGAAUGACUAUAGAGUUAUUAAAAUCCUAGGAGAUGGAAAAUGUGUUUAUACAAUUGUGCGUCAUCAUUUCUAUCAGGUGAUGAUAAUUCAAAGUGUCUUUUAGGCCAAAAAUAAAAAUAUGUUUGUUUCCCCUCGCCCCGACCGGGUCAAAAAAAAGGGCCCGGGUCAAAAGUUUUUUUGCCAAAAAAUUGCGAUGUUUUUUUUUUUAUUUCCGUAAAAAAAUAUCGUGUCCGCUCCGUGUCGGUUCUAGACGUUACUUCUGCUUUUUUCGGAAGUUACCGGGAUUUAUCGAUACUUGAAAAAAUGGGUGACAGAAUAGCGUUAUCGUCUACUGUAAAGAUAAAAUACAAACACACAUCUAAAGUUGUGCCCAUAAUAGUCAACAGACUCUACAGUUUCUCCAAACACUGUACAUGGAAUGAGGUUUUGAAUGAUUUGACAGCGGACGGCGACCAUAACAUAGACAAGUUGGACGAAGUAACUGUCACCGUGUCGGACAAACUUGCCAACGGUGUAACUUUUGAGCCAGAUUUUGAAGAACAGAUACAAGUGGUUCACAACUUUGAUAAAAAAUUGAAAUAUGUACAAUUUGACGUGAUAAGAGACUUAGAACCAAAUAACAAUGUACCAAAAGGUCAAAAUCCUCCUACAUGUCCUACAGCUUUCGAUGUUUUGAUGAGAAAGUCCAGCACACUGACAAAGCUCCCUCAAAAGAUUGAUGAAGCCUCUCCCAGAUUUACAGGGUUGUGAAAACAGAAUGCUUGUUGCCCAGAAUGUGAGAUCUACAAUAAAAUGCACUGAAUGUGACAAACCUAGAUGCAUUUAUUCUAAGCUGAAGUUGAACCCUCGAGAUUUAAGAGCCUUGAAGCACACAACAGAUAAAUAUGACUACACUUGCGGGGCAAUUUUAGCACCAGAAGGGGAUGUUCUACAUGGAAAAGUUUUCACAAGACUCCAGCUUGCAUGUACCAGUCACAUUGGAUUUGCAUACUACAGCUCGGAUGUUGGCCGCAAAGACAUAUGUGCAUAUUGUGUUGCAACAGAGAUCCAAAAGGACAAGGACUUGUGCAAAAACUUUAAAGUUGUGCUGCCAGUUUGUGACUUGUGUCGUUCCAAAAAAUUGGAAGUCCCAAAGAGAAAUCCAAUUAAGAAAUAGUUAAUUCUAGUCUGACAAUCAGUUAAUUCUAGUCUGAUAUUCAUCCUCUCUAAGUCAUUCUUUUUAACAUGUUGUUUAUGAUUUUUGUUUCUACUUGUUUCUAGUCAAGAAUAAAUGUUUUUUGUUUAUUUUCA